UUAUGAUACUACCUACCUUAGUAGUGUAAAACGCAACACUCGUAACACCGCAACAGUCUGCUGAAGCAUGCCUUGAUUCACACAAAGCAAUGAUACUUGCAGCAGCAGUGUGAAAAAAAAAAAAAAAAAUGUCACUUAAAAAAUUAAGGACACACGAAACAUGGUGGAAAAAUUUUAACCAUGAGCAGUUGCUGGAGCUACUGAAUCACGUUCCCUUACCAAAAAUGUACGACCAAGAACUAAACAAUUCAUUGCAUUUCAUAGCAAAAACGGAUAAUGAUUUUAUUGCUAGCAAACUCUUAAGAGCUGGAUGUGAUAAAGAUGAACGGAACCACGAUGGAGAUACACCACUUGCAAUCGCCUUGUUGAAUAGAAAUGCAAAAGUAGCAAAAGUCCUUUUAGAUGCUGGAGCGGAUCACAAAAAGGCCAUAUUUAAGAAUAAACGGAGCCCUCUUCAUGUAAGCGUCAGGAAUGGAUUUGUCGAUGUUGUUAAGAUGCUACUUGAUGCUGGUGCCAAUGUCAAUGCUGCUGAUUCUGAUGGACAAAUUCCUUUGCACGAUGCAAUUUUAACCAAAGAUGGAAUGAAGCAAAAUGAUAGAUGCAAAAUUGUUAAAAUGCUGAUCAAAGCUGGGUCGAACAUAAACGAAAAAGAUGAUUACGGGGACACGCCUCUGCAUUAUGCUAUUAAUUCUGGAUUUGUUGAAGCUUUCGAAAUGUUGCUUCAUGCGGGAGCUGAUAUUCACGAAAAGAACCGAUACGGACAAUCAUUACUGUAUCUGGCCGUUGAAAAUGAUGCUUUAUAUUUCGUAAAACGGCUCAUUGAAAUUGGUGUCGACAUCAACGGAAUGAAUGAACAAAACAUCACCUGCUUGCACUGGGCAGCUGCCUAUACUCGCGUCGAUAUGUUACAACUAUUGCUUGAAAACGGUGCCGUGGCAAACUUUUGUGAUGCAGACCAUUACAGUCCUCUUUGCUACUAUUUAAGAGAACUGAGAGGAUUGCAUAUGACUUUCACCGAAGAUUUAUAUCCUAUGGACGAAAAUUAUGACGAUUACUUUGAAUGUCAACUUCCCGGAAAGAUAAACCAGCAUUCAAAAUGCAUGGAAUUGCUAUUGGAACACGGAGCCAAUGUUAAUUGUUCAAAUUGUUCAGCUGUAUGCGAUGAUUCGCCCUUGUACGUCGUUCUCUCUAAUGUGUAUUUACACAGUCAGUUCUUGAAAUUUUUGUUGCAAAACGGAGCGACAUUUGAUUUCAAGCAUCAAAUUGUAUUGAAUUUGAAAAAUAAGUUCAACGGAUCGAAGUACCGAAAUAUGUUGGUCAGACAUCAAGCCAUGUUUGAAGCGAACAAUCGAAAAGACGGACCGACGAAUUUUAAACUGCAUGAGCAAAAGAAGCAGGUGCAAACAUAUUACGCCCGUUGCCGGGAUGAACUGGAGCUCAUGAGAUCGUCUCAGAUUAGCGAUACAAACAUAACAUUUUUCCACAUGCUCCUGGAUCGGAACAUCGGGUGUUAUACUAGAAUUGAAAAUAUCGAAGACCUGUUUAAGAUGCAGUGCAUCACGAAAAGGUUUCCUAUUUACAGUGAUUUACUAAUCGAGCGCUUUACCAAAGCGUUUGAGCAUGAAAAACUCAUUGUGAAGGCAACAACAGGCCUUGCCCACCUGUUACAUUGGAAUGUACAUUCCAUGCGAGUUAUUUUGGAUAACAUUAUCUCUUACGUCGGUAAAAGAGAUUUACUCAAUUUGGUCUCUUUGUAA